CCCAAAUGGCAGUAAGCAAAUCGCCACCACAGAGAGCGUGGGCGGCCCACAAGCCAACCAACACACACACACCACCAUGCACCGCCACACGGCUGAGUGACACAAACGCGCCAAGCCGGCCAAUGGGAUGUUGAGGGCUGUUCACUCAGGUGAGAUAGAGCUGCAAACGCAUUGUUUGUGUAGCCGGGGUGUCUAUUAUAGAUUUUCCUGGGGCUGUCCUUGCAUAGCAAAACAAAAUUUUGAUUCAGAAACAAAAUGUGUUUUUCGGGUGUUUUGAAAACAGGGCAUUUUUCAAUAAUAGACAGCCCGAUUACAUACUUACGGAGCAAAACAACACCCCGAAACAGCCCGAAACAGCCGAGGACCAACCAUGAAGGGGUUACAGACAACACAAACACACAGAUGGGGGUGAAUCACAGCAACACCAAUGCGGGCUUCGCUUGCUGCUCGCUCGAACGACAACCACCAGACUUCCAUAGAUGGAAAACGGAAAGCGGAGCAUCGCCUGGCUGCGCUGGAUACCUGGACACAGCAAGAGCCGACGAACGCCGGCGAGAAGCAUGGUCUCGCCAUACCACUGCAGGAAACCCACAAGCUUGUAGCGAACACAGAGACAACCCAAAACCCAGCCCCUGCAUCGAACCACCCAAAAUGCUAGUCUCGCCACUCGCGUAUGGCGACCGGGGCAUACCCCCAACCCACCAUCACCCAUGGCCCAGACCAUGGCUGCCCUCCAACACACGCGAACGGAAUCUCCUCGGAAUCUUUUUAUAUAUGAAUAGGAAUCUUUUAGGAAUCUUUUAUUGUGUAUUUCAUAUCAAAUAGGAAUCUAUAGACCCAAAGUCGAGCCUAGGGAGGGCAAAAACAAAACGACAAAAUGACAAAACGACAAAAACCCCUAACCCCGUCACAACGCAUUGGCCACGACAUCGGUUUGUCAUUUUGUCAUUUUGUAU